UCUGUCAACUGCACAGAAUGUCUGGAAUCUGCGACAGCAAGGAGUGGAAGGGUUAAGAGGAGUGAGAUGACAUGCAGGGGAGGGAACAUGUGAAGAGCUUGUCAGUCAUACUGCUGCCUGAGAGAUGAGACGUGCUGCCCAGGAGCACGAGCUGGGGGAAAGGCUGGUCGUGAACUGUGUUGAGGACUGAACGCGUGAACCCUGAACUGACUUUUAUCUGAGUUGCUCAUCAUCAAGCUGUCAGCAACAUCGAAAUAUCAUAUAUGUUGUGGACAGCUCUUGCCAACAUGGAAAUAUUGUGAUUUCUUGCCAGAGGGAUAAACGAAAUGAUCAUUUUAACUACACGGAAGGAUGACAUGAGCUGGUCCAGGAUAGUCUUGCCGUCACACACCUGGGGUCAGUAGUGGAGACUUUGAUAUUUAGCAUUUAAUCCCAGAGACAGUCCAGGCCGCGGCCAUGUCGAACUCCCAAGAGCAGAGCCUGGAUGAGGAUGCAGUGUUCCUGCCGGUGAAUGAAUCCUCCCCACAGUUCCUCCACUGUGAGAAGGAGCGUGAAGCAGUGGAGAGACUCCUGAGCGAAGGACCGGAGGCCUUCUACAGCUCCAUCGGCACAGAGCGCUCCGGAUGCUUCCUGUCUUCUGAGGAGGUCAGCCAGAUAAGCAGCUGGGCGCAGGACUAUCACUUCAACCAGCUACAGGUGCAAAGAGAGGCGAACGGAGAGGGGGGCAGCUCAGAGAUGAAGGACUUCUGUUCCACAUACUUCCCUUCCUACUCAGACACACCGACCCCGAACCUGGAUCUGGGCUGGCCUGAAAAAAGGCCCUGGAUGCCAAAAGGCAGCAUCACAGUCCACACCAGUCCUCCCGCUGAAGGAGAACCACCUGUCAGAGAGAUCAUCAGACAGCACUUGCAAAAGGCCAGCCAAGUAAUUGCCAUUGUGACAGACAGAUUGACAGAUGGUGCAAUAAUUGGUGAUUUACAUAAUGCUGCCUCCCGGGGCGUCCCUGUUUACAUCAUCCUGAACCAGAGGUCCAUUCAGGAGAACUUCACGCUCAACAGGCUCAGGCAUCCAAACAUGCGGGUACGAGUUCUCGGAGGGAAAACCUUCUGUUCGAGAACGGGAAGAAUUGUGAUCGGGGAGAUGAAGGACAAGUUCCUUCUGGUGGAUUUAGAGACAACGAUUCAUGGCAGCUACAGCCUCACAUGGACAGACGCCCACCUGCACCGGCAGCUGAUCACCGUCGUGCGCGGCCCAGUUGUUGACUCAUUUGACAGGGAGUUCCGGAUCCUUUUUGCUGCUUCGCUUCCUGUCCCAGAGGCAGGGAGAGUUGCUGGUGCUCAUGUAGCUAUGACUCAUCAGCUGAAAGACUUCUCAAAUCUCAGGUUUCAAAAUCACAUCCCUUUGGAGCCUGAGAUUCCCGGCCCUCCAUCCCCACCUGUAGGGUCCUUCCUGGACUGGGAUGCCAUGGGGGUUGUGCAGAAGGACCGCUGCGUCCCUGACAGUCCUCUUGAUCAACGUGAGGCGGUCGUGGCCAAGGAAAUGCAGAACAACAUGCUGUUUGAUAAGAACACACCAAUUAUGGACAGGAUAAAUUACAAUGGGAAUCAAUUUGUGGAUAAGAAGAGCAACACACUGCUGUCGCCAAAUGACCCAACAAGUCUGGAUGUAAUGAAAAGGGUGGAGCACAUCAUAGAGAAAGCCUAUUCCAGGCAACUCUCCAAGGACAAGAGCACCAAUUUAGAUGACAGAACAACAACGAGAGCUGAUGAUAAAGCCGCAGAGCCAACGCACAAUAUGGUCGUACUUUCCUCUACAAAGAGAGGAGAGCACUGCAGGAGGGAGCCCUUUUUGGAAGAGGAGAGCAGCGUAAAUAAAACUAGUUCCAAAGUGGAGAACAAACCAUGUUCCAGAAAACCUUUAAUCCUGAGGGUGCCGCAGUCCGAGAGCUUCAGCUCCCUGAGCGACAUCAUGAAGAGGCUUAAGCCUCAGCAGGGCACCUCUGGGCAGCUCAGUGGAGGAUCAAAGGGUGCUGUGUCAGAAAUGAGCCAGUCCAUGAUAGACCUGAGCGUUCACGAAACAGAUGAUAAGGGAGGAACCCCAGUGCCAAGGUUUAAGGCCGGUCAGUGCUUUGAACCAGAUUAUAUGACACCCGCAUUUGCCCUGAUGAAGAAGAGGAAUGAUGAAUUGAAACACCUACUCUACAGAACUCCAAAAAACUUUCUGCCCAGAGAGAGGCCUCGAAGCUCCAGUUAUGCAUUAGGUGUGGACUGGAGGAGGUCACUGGCAGAAAUGGAAGGAGAACAGGGAACAGGAGCGAGGAAAUAAGAAAAUACAUGAGAAUAUAUAUAUGUGUUUUGUCAUAACAUCUUCUGUCACUGGGGAAAGGCAGUUGAUGACCUCUGCAGUGUUAAUAACCGAAUUAAAAACUAAGCCAAAACAGGCUGCCACUCUGGAAAUAAAACCGUUCCGAUGUAUAAAGCGAUGUAUAUACUACUUCUAUCUGUUGAUUUAAUGUGCCGCUAAAUCUGGUGAUUACAUGUUUCACUGUAUGCUAAAUACAGCUUGAAGCAAUGCUUUACUUCAGAGUAUAUUUAAAUAAAUACAAUUGUGCUGCUCACCUUGAAAAGUAUCGACUGUU